AUGCAGAAGGCCUGCUGGAGCCAGGGAGAGGCUGGCUUACCAAGCUGCAGUCCCCUGGAGGAGAAAACUUUGAUGUCCCAACUGGGGCCGCCUUUGGCGGUGAGUGGGGCGGACGGCUGCCGCACCACUAUCCUGCCUCACAGCGCCCAGCCUGGGGCUCGAACCUGGGCGGACCCGGCCCUGUCCCCCCCCCAUGGACCGGGGGGUGAUCCCGGUCCUCACCUGGAGGCAUGGCAGCCGGGGCGCCGCCAUCACACUCGAGGGCCCGACCGCAUCACAUAAGAUGGCGGCUUCCACGUGCGCCGAAGUCAGCAGAAGGGAACGCAUAACAGCGGAGCCCAGAACACCCAGUGAAACAAACAGGCAUGGGCCCAGGGGGCCAGAGGAGUUGGCAGCUCCACUUCAUCGCAGCUCACUAAGCGAUUUCCUACCUGUACAAGCAACUAGCCACGAGAAAGGCGAGCAGCAGCGGAGGCCUACGGACCUAAAGCGGCGGUUGCACCAGUAUGCCGGGACUCCGCUCCACACUCAUGACCCUGCCGCCGAGCGAAGAGGGCCACACAGUGACACGCCAGAAUAUGCAACACCCACUGUUCAUCUCGGAGAACACUCUCCUCCCGAUUCCCAACAGAGGCAAGCUCAAGUGAUGCACCUGGAGAGACAUAGCUAG